AUGAUGAACAACUUCAAGUUAGGCGUCGAUGUAGUUAGUGCUCACAAUCUAUUACCUAAAGAUGGACAAGGUUCAUCCAAUGCCUUUGUGGAACUUUAUUUUGAUGGCCAGAAGUACCGUACGACCAUCAAAGAAAGGGAUCUUAACCCUGUUUGGAAUGAGAGCUUCUACUUCAAUAUAUCUGACCCUUCUAAUCUUCACUAUCUCUCACUUGAGGCCUUUGUCCACAGCCAUUCAAGGGCUACUAACUCCACUUCAUUCCUCGGCAAGGUUAGCCUAACUGGGACUUCUUUUGUCCCUUACUCUGAUGCAGUUGUCUUACACUAUCCAUUGGAAAAGCGAGGUAUUUUCUCUCGUGUAAGAGGAGAGAUUGGCCUUAAAGUUUACAUCACUGAUGACCCAACCAUAAAAUCAUCUGUUCCAACUCCUGUUGUUGAGUCCAUACCAACUAAUAAUCCAAGCUCAACACAUGCAGAAGUUCGGGCACCAAUGACAAACAGUUUGCUAAAUGAAAAGGUUGAGUCAAGACACACAUUUCAUCAUCUUCCCAACACAAACCAUCACCAACACCAGCACCAGCAUCAACAGCAUUCAACUGGCUUUGCAGAUGCUCAUUAUGUAACAAAGUAUGAAGCUGAUGAAAUGAAAUCUGAACCCCAACCCAUGAAGCUAGUACGCACUGGUACAUCAGUACAACCAGUUGAUUUUGCGCUUAAAGAAACAAGUCCAUAUCUUGGUGGGGGAAGAGUUGUCGGUGGUCGUGUCAUUCAUAAAGAUAAGACUGCUAGUACAUAUGAUCUUGUGGAAAGGAUGUACUUUCUGUAUGUCAGGGUUGUCAAGGCUCGUGAGCUUCCUGCUAUGGAUGUUACUGGGAGUCUUGAUCCAUUUGUUGAGGUGAGAAUUGGAAAUUACAAAGGUAUUACUAAACACUUUGAUAAGAAUCAGAGUCCUGAAUGGAAUCAGGUGUUUGCCUUUUCAAAGGACCGGAUGCAAGCAUCCAUACUAGAUGUUGUGAUCAAGGACAAGGAUCUCAUCAAAGAUGAUUUUGUAGGCAUCGUGAGGUUUGACAUUAAUGAGAUUCCUUUGAGAGUCCCACCAGAUAGCCCUUUGGCUCCAGAGUGGUACCGUCUUGAGGACAAGAAAGGGGAGAAGAUUAAAGGUGAGUUGAUGCUUGCUGUCUGGAUUGGUACCCAAGCAGAUGAGGCUUUUUCUGAUGCAUGGCAUUCAGACGCAGCCACGCCUGUUGACAGCACACAUGCUAUCUCUGCAGUGAUGCGUUCAAAGGUGUAUCAUGCACCAAGGCUAUGGUAUGUGCGUGUCAAUAUUGUGGAGGCACAAGACUUGGUUCCUACGGAGAAAAACCGUUUCCCAGAUGUGUAUGCAAAGGUGCAGAUUGGAAACCAAGUGCUGAAAACAAAAACAGUUCCGGCACGAACACUGAGUGCACUCUGGAAUGAGGAUCUUUUGUUUGUUGCUGCUGAACCUUUUGAAGAUCAUUUAAUCAUUUCAGUUGAAGAUCGGGUUAGUCCUGGAAAGGAUGAGAUCAUUGGGAGGGUCAUCAUACCACUGAACGCUGUGGAGAGGCGUGCGGAUGAUAGAAUCAUUCAUUCUCGAUGGUUCAACUUGGAAAAGCCAGUUGCUAUAGAUGUUGAUCAGUUGAAGAAGGAAAAGUUCUCAAGCAGAAUUCAACUCCGGUUAUGUCUAGAUGGAGGAUAUCAUGUUCUUGACGAAUCUACUCAUUACAGCAGUGAUCUCCGUCCCACAGCAAAGCAACUGUGGAAGCCACCAAUUGGGGUUUUAGAACUUGGAGUGCUGAAUGCUGUAGGACUCCACCCCAUGAAAACAAGGGAAAGUAGAGGCACAUCUGACACAUACUGUGUAGCAAAAUAUGGUCACAAAUGGGUCAGAACAAGAACCAUUGUUGACAAUCUGUGUCCAAAAUACAACGAGCAAUACACUUGGGAGGUUUUUGAUCAUGCCACGGUUCUCACAGUUGGUGUCUUUGACAACAGCCAGAUCGGGGAAAAGGGUAAUGGUACUUCAAAGGACUUGAAAGUUGGGAAGGUCAGAAUUCGCAUCUCUACUUUAGAAACUGGCAGGAUUUACACUCACUCAUAUCCAUUGUUGGUUCUUCACCCAACUGGGGUCAAGAAGAUGGGUGAACUUCACUUGGCAAUACGGUUUUCAUGCACUUCUUUUGCAAACAUGCUUUACCUGUACUCACGUCCACUGCUUCCUAAAAUGCACUACGUUAGACCUUUUUCUGUGACACAGUUAGACAUGCUACGCCACCAAGCAAUGAACAUAGUGGCAGCUCGACUCGGUCGAGCAGAGCCACCACUUCGCAAGGAAGUAGUGGAAUACAUGUCGGAUGUGGACUCUCACCUUUGGAGCAUGCGGCGAAGCAAGGCGAAUUUCUUCAGACUGAUGACUGUAUUCUCUGGUGUGUUUGCGGUUGGGAAGUGGUUUGGUGAUAUCUGCUUGUGGAGGAAUCCUAUCACAACAGUCCUGGUUCAUGUGCUGUUUCUCAUGCUUGUAUGCUUCCCAGAAUUGAUCUUGCCCACUGUCUUUCUCUACAUGUUUUUGAUAGGGGUGUGGAACUUCAGAUAUAGACCAAGGUACCCUCCUCACAUGAACACAAGAAUCUCACAAGCUGAGGCAGUGCACCCGGAUGAGUUGGAUGAAGAGUUUGACACUUUCCCUACGAGCCGAAGCCCUGACCUCGUGAGAAUGAGGUAUGAUCGCUUGAGGAGUGUAGCUGGAAGGAUUCAAACAGUGGUUGGUGAUUUGGCCAGCCAGGGAGAAAGGAUUCAGGCACUGUUAAACUGGAGAGACCCACGUGCUACUUCCUUAUUUAUUACAUUGUGUCUUCUCUCUGCGUUGGUGCUCUAUGUUACCCCUUUUCAAGCUGUGGCUGGUUUGGCAGGUUUCUACAUCAUGAGGCAUCCAAGGUUUCGCCACAGACUGCCAUGUGUCCCAGUCAACUUCUUUCGACGCCUCCCUGCAAGAACAGACAGUAUGUUGUAG